UCACACUCUCUCUCUAUAUAUAUCUCGCUGCCCCGAAAACUCAGACCCGGAAUCUGAAACCCGGACCCGAUUCGGCUUACCUCAUCAUCAUCAUCCUAGAGACUUUUCAUGCUCUGAGCUUCUCCGAGCUCACCGCUACUCUCAGCCAUGGGCGGCGACAAGGCCAUCAGCCUAGAGGAGAUCAAAAACGAGUCCGUCGAUCUGGAACGGAUUCCAAUAGAAGAAGUCUUUGAGCAGCUAAAAUGUACAAGAGAAGGUCUAACCGGAGACGAAGGAGCCAACCGGCUUCAAGUGUUCGGACCAAACAAAUUAGAAGAGAAAAAGGAGAGCAAACUACUCAAGUUCUUGGGAUUUAUGUGGAAUCCUUUAUCCUGGGUCAUGGAAGCUGCUGCUUUGAUGGCUAUAGCCUUGGCAAAUGGUGGUGGAAGGCCUCCUGAUUGGCAGGACUUUGUUGGAAUAGUUGUUCUGCUGGUCAUUAACUCUACUAUAAGUUUCAUUGAAGAAAACAAUGCUGGAAAUGCGGCUGCAGCCCUUAUGGCUGGUCUUGCUCCCAAGACUAAGGUUCUUAGAGAUGGUCGAUGGACUGAGCAAGAUGCUUCAAUUUUGGUCCCUGGAGACAUAAUCAGUAUUAAAUUGGGAGAUAUAGUUCCUGCUGAUGCCCGCCUUCUCGAGGGCGAUCCUUUAAAAAUUGAUCAAUCUGCGCUUACUGGCGAGUCCCUUCCUGUUACUAAGAAUCCCUCAGAUGAAGUGUUUUCUGGCUCAACAUGUAAACAGGGUGAAAUUGAAGCAGUUGUGAUUGCCACUGGUGUGCACACCUUCUUUGGUAAAGCUGCACAUCUGGUGGACAGCACCAAUCAAGUUGGGCACUUUCAGAAAGUUCUCACUGCGAUUGGGAACUUCUGCAUUUGUUCAAUUGCUGUGGGGAUAAUAAUUGAGCUUAUAGUUAUGUACCCAAUACAGAGGCGCAAGUACAGGGAUGGGAUUGACAAUUUGCUGGUUCUCUUGAUUGGAGGAAUCCCAAUUGCCAUGCCAACUGUUUUAUCUGUCACCAUGGCUAUUGGCUCCCACAGGCUUUCUCAGCAAGGUGCUAUUACCAAAAGAAUGACUGCCAUUGAGGAAAUGGCUGGCAUGGAUGUCCUCUGCAGUGACAAGACUGGGACUCUGACCCUGAACAAGCUGACAGUUGACAGAAAUCUGAUUGAAGUGUUUGCCAAGGGUGUGGAGAAAGAGCAUGUUAUGCUUCUUGCGGCAAGAGCUUCUAGGACUGAAAAUCAGGAUGCUAUUGAUGCUGCAAUUGUAGGAAUGCUUGCUGAUCCGAAGGAGGCACGAGCUGGUAUCAGAGAAGUCCAUUUCCUUCCAUUCAACCCUGUAGACAAGAGGACUGCUCUGACCUACAUCGAUUCUGAUGGAAAUUGGCAUAGAGCUAGCAAAGGUGCCCCUGAGCAGAUAUUAACCCUGUGCAACUGCAAGGAAGAUUUCAAGAAGAGGGCUCAUGCAGUGAUUGAUAAGUUUGCUGAACGUGGACUUCGUUCUCUAGCCGUUGCAAGACAGCAAGUACCAGAGAAAACAAAAGAGAGUCCAGGGACACCAUGGCAGUUUGUUGGUUUGUUGCCGUUAUUUGAUCCUCCCAGGCAUGACAGUGCAGAAACAAUUCGCAGAGCUCUCAAUCUCGGCGUGAAUGUGAAGAUGAUUACUGGGGAUCAGCUUGCCAUUGGCAAGGAAACUGGAAGGAGGCUUGGGAUGGGAACAAACAUGUACCCAUCUUCCGCAUUGCUUGGCCAAGACAAGGAUGCAUCCAUUGCUUCCCUCCCUGUGGAUGAAUUGAUUGAGAAGGCUGAUGGGUUUGCUGGAGUAUUUCCAGAACACAAAUAUGAAAUUGUAAAGAGGCUACAGGAGAGGAAGCACAUCUGUGGAAUGACAGGAGAUGGUGUCAAUGAUGCUCCUGCUUUGAAAAAAGCAGACAUCGGUAUUGCUGUAGCUGACGCUACUGAUGCUGCUAGAAGUGCUUCGGAUAUUGUUCUCACUGAACCAGGUUUAAGUGUGAUCAUAAGUGCAGUACUGACAAGCAGGGCCAUAUUCCAGAGGAUGAAGAACUAUACUAUCUAUGCUGUUUCUAUUACCAUACGUAUAGUGUUUGGAUUUAUGUUCAUUGCAUUGAUAUGGAAGUUUGACUUUGCACCCUUCAUGGUAUUGAUCAUCGCCAUCCUAAAUGAUGGAACAAUCAUGACAAUAUCAAAGGACCGAGUGAAGCCAUCUCCUCAGCCAGACAGCUGGAAACUGAAAGAAAUUUUUGCUACUGGCAUUGUUCUUGGAGGAUACAUGGCGCUAAUGACAGUUGUCUUCUUCUGGCUUAUGACAGAUACCAAAUUCUUCUCGAACACAUUUCAUGUAAGACAUUUGGGUGAUAGACCUGAACAAAUGAUGGCAGCAUUGUACUUACAAGUGAGUAUUGUUAGCCAAGCCCUUAUCUUUGUCACAAGGUCUCGUAGCUGGUCUUUUGUUGAACGUCCUGGACUUCUCUUACUCGGAGCUUUCAUGGUUGCCCAACUGGUAGCUACUCUCAUAGCAGUCUAUGCAAACUGGGGUUUCGCACGGAUAGAGGGAUGUGGCUGGGGCUGGGCUGGUGUAAUCUGGCUAUUCAGCGUGGUGACAUAUUUCCCUCUCGACUUACUUAAAUUCGCAAUCCGCUACAUUCAAAGUGGGAAAGCUUGGGAUAACCUUUUGGAAAACAAGACUGCUUUUACUACAAAGAAAGACUAUGGGAAAGAGGAGAGAGAAGCUCAGUGGGCUGCUGCUCAGAGGACCCUACAUGGCCUUCAACCACCAGAAACCAACAACCUUUUCAGUGACAAGAACAGUUACAGGGAGCUUUCAGAGAUCGCAGAACAAGCCAAGCGGAGGGCUGAGGUUGCAAGGCUGCGGGAGUUGCACACACUGAAGGGUCAUGUUGAGUCAGUUGUGAAGCUCAAAGGACUCGACAUCGACACAAUUCAACAACAUUAUACAGUUUGAGGGAGAGCUUUCUUAAAGGGGAACAAAGAGGCUUAAGCUUCUACCUUGAAUGAGAAGCGAAAAAUUAAUGACGACGAUGAUGAUGAAGCUCUUUAGUAAUAACCUUGUGUCUUUAGAUUAGUUUAAUACUCCUCUUGCUAGGGGAUGUCUCUUUUGUAGCCAAAAUAACUUGAAUUACAGUUUUACUAUUUGGGUUUUUACUCAAUAUCGUCCGUCAUGUGAUUGGCGCUAUGUCUUUUGCGUUAUUUUACUGUACAUAGUAGGAGCCCCUACAAAGAAGUAAUAAGGAUCCGUUAUUAUUAUGAACACCUGAAAAGCAUUUCCUUUGAUGGUUGAUAAUGAAAUUUCUAAAAUUCUUGUUGGAAA